AUGCUAGAAGCAGAUUCCGCCGUCCUCACUGAGUCUCAGUCGUCGAUCUCCGGAGAAGCCGAAGGUGCCACAGAAGACAACAGCAAGGCCGACGGUGAUACCAGACAGUCAAGACAGAAGGGACGGACCCUGACACGUAAACAGCGUGCGAGAUACGCUUGUCUUACGUGUAGAUCCAGAAAGGUCCGCUGCGAUGUCAUGGUUACAGGGACGCCAUGCACGAACUGUAAGCUCGAUGCCAUGGAAUAUGAGUGUGCUGUACAGCGAAGGAAGGGCCGCAAGCAUCCAUUGAUAGAACGGUCCCCGUUUAUGGCUUGGGCUUCAGGCAAGCCUGCACUUCUCAAUGAAGGAUCGCAGGACCUUUCCUCAGGCCAGGCCGAAGGGGAUGAAACAACAAGAAUGGAACCCGUUACUGGGACCGACUGGAACAUGGGUGCAUCCCAUCAGUCCACCGACGAGAUCGAUCUAGAGCGUCUUUUUACAACCUUGCAGGACGACGGGUUAUGCCCGCCACGGAACAGUUCUGCAGUGGAGCCAAAUGGUGACGAGCCAUAUUUCUUGGACAAUGACAGGAUCUCGUUUGCAUCGUCAGAGUGUAUCAAUCACUCGCCACUGUCCGGGGAAGGGGCCGAAAGCGUAGAGACGCUCGAAAGAAAUGUCCUCGACCUCAACAAACAAGAUAACAAACCCUGCAAAAUAGUAAAGGGAGAGUUUUCACUGUUCGUAUUCUACAAUUUUGUGUCUGCGGAUAUUCCUAGUCUGUUGUCGUCAUCAUCCCCCACGACAUCGGCCAUGGAGGAACAAGGCUGCCUUCACCUACCGUCCAAGGCUGCAAUGGAUGAGUUUAUGAAGCAGUACUUUCUAUACGUGCAUCCAUUCCUACCCUUGGUCGACGAAGGCGAGUUCUGGAGCGCAUAUGGUGCCCAAGGAGGCGCUUUUUCAAAAGGCCAACGGAAAUAUUCACUAUUUCUUAUUCAAGCGAUGCUAUUCAUGUCGUGUCCGGCCUUGUUUGAUGCCAAUUGCUGCCAGGACAAUAUCUCAAGGGCCCAAGGCGCGAUCAUGUUAACCUAUCACUCGAACCACCCGAAUGAGCUCAUUAGCACCUACUGGCUAGAUACUGCCAUCCACUUUGCAAGGGAAGCCGGCGCCGAUCAGCCUCAGGAUCAUACGUCCACCAUGACUCAAAGUGAGAAGAUACUCCAGCGCCUGUGGUGGUGCUGUAUCCUACGGGAUAAUAUCAUGUCUCUUGGACUGCGCCGGCGGCUUAUUAUAAGACCUUCAGGGGAGACAGGCUAUAGUCGACUUCCACCAACAGAAGCCGAUUUUGAGAGCGAGAUCUGGAAUUCGCAUGUCUGCAAGCCAGAUGAAAAACAGGUCCUGGUGAGGCUCUUUGUGACCCUCUGUAAGCUUGGAGUCAUCCUUAAAGAUGCGCUCGAGCUUCUCUAUGGCUCAGAGGAGGAUGCAACUAUGCGAGAAGAAUCUCGUCUGCAGGGCGAUUGCAAGAAGGCAAAACUCACCAUGGCAGAGUUGGAUAUGUGGUGCGAUGCAGCUCGAAUGAAUGUUCAUCUCCACACAUCCGGCUUCGAAAAUGACCGAGAUUCUGUCAAAUUAUUGAGUAACGCUAUGUUUAUUUACUACCACAGCGAGAUGAUGGCCGGCCUGCGGACCAUCGUGUUCCUCAUGGACAUAUUUCGCAAUCUCUAUGCAAAUGCCGACCAUUUCCUGCAAUGUGUCGAUCGGCUCGUCGGGUUCGCCAGGUCGGCCAAGAUCACCGACAGUCUCUUCAGACGCCAAACCCCAAAAGCCACUGGCAGUAACCAGAUCGACCUUGUAGCUCGAUCUGUGUCAGGUUCUCAGUGUUGGCCAGAUGAUAAACACUGCCAGGAUGGUGUCCAUCCUCAUCAGUGCUAUCUCUGGCUCUCCCUCAGCCUCGAUUACUCUCUCCGUCACGGUGACUUGCCCAACGUUGUCAAUCUCCCCAGCUGCUUGCAGCAGGACGCCAAAACCAUUCUUGCGGGACAGCAGGGACUUUUUCUCAAAACAGGUACCAAUAAAUUGAGACAGCAGAUGCCGGGCAACAAGGAGUACUUCAAGUUUGGCAAGAUGUUCUACAGCAUGGCCGAGGAACUAUUUGCAAAGGCCAGUUCGUGUAUCGACAUGAUCCCAUGCGAAUACUGGCUCAUGGAGAGGAGACAUCGGACCCGCGCAACUGCCGGCGCUCCACCACUCCGGCAGGGGGUUGGUGCCAGUGUCGAGCUGAACAAGACAUGUCAGACGUGUUUCCGUGCCAAAAUUCGUUGCGACCGCACGCUAGAAUCUGGCUCUUGCGAUCGCUGUCUCCGCCUAGACAAGGAGUGCGUCUUCCUGCCGACGCGUCGUCGCAAUGCCCCGCCGCCGCGGAACCGCAUCGACCGGCUCGAGGCCAGGCUGGACCAGAUCGCCGGGUCCCGGACUCCGAGCCCGGGUGCGGUGAUCAAGAAUUCAACAGCUCCGCGGCAUAAAAGAGCAGAUGCACCAGACGAAAUGAACUCGAGUGCCACGGCGAUAGUUCCGGCAAGCAAUGACGGCGUUCUGUCAGACCCUGUGAUAGGGGGCGUGAUAAGCAGUCAAGAGGCGGAAGACCUUCUGGAUGUCUACAAACGAAAAAUGACGCCUCAUUUCCCGUUUGUCAUAGUCCCAGAGGGCAUGACCGCACUGUCAAUGCGUCAAGAUCGAACUUGUCUCAUCAACGCGAUAUUUGCCGCCGCCAGCUUCCAUGACUUUCGUCUGCAGCGAAAGCUUGGCCGCUCGUUCAACACCCUCGUUGCGUCACGGUUGGCGUGGAGUAACUUUGCUACGUUCGACCUCCUUCAGGGGCUCUUGGUCCAUCUGGCCUGGGCACAUUAUCAACCAAGGCCAAAGAGGUAUUCGCAGCAUCUUCACCUUGCUGUCAGCAUUAUAUCAGAUCUACGGUUGGAUCGUCCCAAGAACCCACGGCUGUGGAACAUCGAGAAAGAUGACCUUAGUCCAGACAGCGACUGGGGUAUCGAGGAGCUUAGGGCAUUGAUAGGGACUUAUUUCCUGUGUUCCAGCUCGUCCAUUAUCCUACAGAAGCUUCGACAUUUCCCUUUGACUCUUUUCAUCCAAGAAAGUACUCAGAAGCUCACUCAUUUUGGCGAUCAGCCGACAGACCAAUACCUUCGACACAUCGUUGAUAUACAAGGGCUGUCGGAGGAGUUGGAUGUCAUUGUCACAUCUACUACAAACAUGACCUCUAUUGAGGACGUGAAUGAGCAAAUAUCAAAUGUGAGAAGUCGUGUAGACGAGUUCAAAUCAACUCUGACCUUCUCGUUGAGGUAUUGUCCCAUCUUAUCAUUACAACUGAGUACACUCGAGCUAUUCAUUAGCCUAGUACUCCUUCCCGGGUUUCCCUUCGGACUAUCCCAGCAGCAGAGAGCAAUUCAAGACAGCAACCAGCUUGUCAAUUGUCUUUUUGAGAGCAUCUCGGCAUCCAAGUCACUUAUCGUCUUCUUACUGUCCAUGACAGCUGGCGAGGAGUUUGCCAUGACGAAUAUUGGAUGGAUCAUGCUGAGCUGUGGCCUUUCGCUCGCCGUCAGGCUGGACGUCCUGGCUAGGGAUGCCCGGAUUGCUCAUAUGACUCAGCACCUCUUGCGCUUUCUUGAUAUGCGCCACUCGCUGAGGCAAAUCAUCUUCCGCCUUCAGUCAGUAGCUAGCGAGGAGAAGGACGAAACCGGGGACCCCGACACAUUCUCACAGCUUCUGUCGCGAGCAAAGGCGAUAGAAUCUUGGUAUCUCCGGCAGCCUGGCAUAUCCCACCUCACUAGCCCGGCAACACAGAGUAGCUCAGCCUCUCCUCAUAGCAGCAUGCAGGCGCCAUCCACGCAAACAACAAGUCGAGCAGGCGUCACGCCGAUCAUGGCUGAGUCGGAAAUUAUGGGUCUGGCUCAGAAUGCCGACAUCAAUGAUCUGGGUGACUUCUCGGUGAUGGACCUCUUCACCACUGACCUCUAUCCCUACGAGGCCCCUGGGGAGGAUGACCCUGUGGUCCUGGUCCAGGCUCUCCAGGGUGAGGCAGUGCCUAAUCUGAAGGCCUUCUCGAAGCAGUUCACCGGCCUCUUCGACCAGCUCAUUGCUAACGGCGGCAGCGAGGACUUUGGCGAGAUCACGCCUAAUACGACGAGCUUCUCGGUCGUGCUCUUCUCCGGCGCCAAUGGCGCUGCCGAAGAGUGUGUGUUUGUCGAGUACCACCACACGGCACCCGCGGCGGCGAGUGACCAUAGCAACGUCACGCUCGACAUGGUCUUCCCUCUCGGAGGCAUGACCCAGCUCUUCACGGUCUAUGCAUGGCUGACCAAGAUGGGGGACAAGGAGUGGGACAGCCCCAUCACCAAGUUUCUUCCGGAGCUGUCGACUGCCGGCAAUGGCUCCUCUGAUGGUCUUGUUGUACCUUGGGAGGAUGUGACGAUCGGUGCCCUGGCAGGCCAGUUGUCUGGCAUUGCUCGCGACUCAUACGCCUGCGAGCUCGGAAAGCCCUGCGACUAUGAUACUUUCGUCCAAAAGUUCGCUACCCGGCCACCAGUAUUCCUGCCAGAUACAACCCCAGUCGUCUCCAACGCCGCCUUCCAGCUGCUCGCCUUCGCCCUCGACCGCAGCGGCAACCCAAAGUGCAAGCGUGGCACAGGCGACAUCUUCUCGUCGACCCUGCUCCAGUCCCUCAACACGACCCACACGGCCCUCCUGACGCCCGAAAACGAAGCCACUGUCUUUGGCAAGGGCAUGAACUCCUCCGAGCUAGGCGAGCCAGCGUAUGCUUUAUCCUCCAAGCCCACGUCGAAACAAAUACACAUUCAACUAACCACCACCACCACCAGCGCCCUCUCCCUCCUCUCCACAGGCAACGACCUCGCCCGCCUAGGCCACGCCAUGCUCUCCUCGCGCCUCGUCCCCGCGGCGACGACUCGCCGCUGGCUGCACCCCGUAGCAUCGACCUCGAACCUGCGCAACGCCGUCGGCCGGCCCUGGGAGAUCUACCACGCGGGCCGGUACGCCAACUCGUCCGUGCUCGACGUGUACACCAAGACGGGCUCCGUGGCGGGGGCCUACAGCAGCUACUUCGGCCUCGCGCCCGACUUUGGCGCCGGCUUCGCCAUCCUCGCGCACGACAGCAGCGGCAACGGCGUGGCGCCCGACCUCAACGUGUACGCCGACGUCGUCUCCCUCGCCAUCACCCAGCUGCAGGGUCUGGCGGCCAAGGAGGCCGCCGCGCGGUACGCAGGCAAGUUUGUAUCCGGCGACGACGUCGCCGUGUUCAACACCUCGCGCGACGGGCCUGGGCUCGUGGUCCCCGUCCUGCGUGUCGGCGGCGUGGACCUGCGGGCGCAGGUCGCGGGCAAGGCUGGCAUCAAGCUGGAGAACCUCGACUUCCGGGUGUACCCCAGCAACGUCGCCACGGGGCGGUUGCGGCAGUUUGUGGCCGUGUUUCAGGACAGGAGCGCGCCGGUGGACAUGGGCACGCCGACCUGCAUCACCUGGCAGGACGUCGGCGCGCUGGGCCCCGACGUCGCUGAGCGGUUCAUCUUUGAGAUGGGAGAUGACGGCAAGACUAAGGCUAUCACGCUACCAAUGAACGGUGCGAGGUUGCAGAGCUCAUGA